AUGAUGGGCAAACUACGGCUCUCCUUGGCCAAGAACGCCGGUGCCGGUAAGGGCACCGUCAGCAGCGUCGUGCUCGUCGAGCCGCGGCACGACGAGAUCGCAAAAGCGGCCAACAACAAGCUCAACCUCAGGCUCAAGAGCACCCGCAACGUGCGGCUAUUUCUCAAGCAGAGGGUGGGCGUGCACGCGGCUGGCACCGAGCUGCCGGUUGGCGACUGUACAGACUACCUCGCCAACGACGUUGUCGUGCUGGUGAGCGUCGGCGAGGCCGCGGCCAGCCGACCCGCCUCGAGCUUUUGCGGCCUCGACAGGGCGGCGCUCCCGCCGCUGCCACGCUGGCCCGCAAGCGACACUGGCGACGACGAGACAGACGAGGCGGUGGAGGCCACGCCAGCAUCCGCCGGACCGUCAUCAUCAGCAGUUUCUACAACAAGCUUCGCCGUGCCGAAUCUGCCGCGGCUACCCGUCUCUCAGGACCUGCGCUUCCACGGCCGGCACGUCGUGCUCGAGGGCGACGUCCUGCCGCUGAUCCGGCAGGCGGUCGCGGGCUGCAGCGGCUUCUCCGAGACCAACCACGGCCGCUACGUCGCCUUCGACUACAGCGCCGACCGCGGCGGCGGCGGCGUCGCCGGCAUGUUCCCGCCGCCCGAGCGCCACCACCGCGGCUCCCGCGAGCGCUGGUUCGCCGCGGCACGGCGCGAGUGCCGCGGGCUUCUGCUCUGCGCGGCAACGGGCGCCGUGUUGGCGCGGCGCUUCCACAAGUUCUGGAACAUCGACGAGGUGUCCGAGGCGGCGGCGGAGCACGUGGGCCCGCUGCGCCGCGGCCGCUGCUCGCUCCAUCUGAAGCUCGAUGGGUCGCUGGCGUCGCCGCUGCUGCUGCCCACGGUUGCCAGCGCCGCAGACGGCGGCACUGGCAGCGACGAGGCUGGCAACGACGCGCGUGGCGGCAGUGCUGGAGUAG